UCCAAAAAAACCAAAAAAUUUGUCUUGUACAUUACCAUUAAACACCGCACCAACAAACAAUCCACUUUGCGCCAUCUUGGUGGUACUACUCCGGAGGAUACACUAACCGACUGAGACUGUAUUUUAGGUUCCAUUUUCUGCUAAUUGCAUUUCUCUCUUUCUCUGUCUCCUAUAAAUAUAUCCGCCAUUUUCUACCAUUCUUUCUCCGCCAAGACGGAACUGCGCGGUUUUUCCAUGACUGCGCGAAUAUUUUCUGUCCAUUUCCCCGAGACAAUCACGACACAGUCUCCUCUUUCUCUUCCUUUCGCAUCCGCUGAUUCCUCACUGUUCUGAUUCUUUCGUCGCAGAUUUUGAUACGUUCGAGAGUUAGUUAGGGUUUCGAUAGCAUCGCGGUUUUGGUAGAGAAAGAAAAAGAGAGGGAGACUCUUCGUUAGGGUUUUCGUCUGCCGUGAUUUUAUUUCGGGAUUGGAGAUGGGAAGCGUCGAUCGAGACGGCGAUCGGACGUUCAAGAUGAAUUUCACCGCCGAUGGUGUGGCGAAGCUAAGGGAGAGUGUGAAGGAGAAACUGAAGGAAUUCAUGGGGGAUUACACUGAUGAUACUCUUGUGGAAUAUGUUAUUGUGCUAUUGAGGAAUGGUAGGCGCAAAGAACAAGCAAGGAAUGAAUUGAAUGUUUUUUUGGGAGAUGACAGUGAUUCUUUUGUAUCCUGGCUGUGGGAUCAUCUUGAUUUGAAUUUAAAUUUGUAUGUACAACCUGAAGCUUUGCAGGAUGAAGCUCCUAAAAAAAAGCUUAUUUCAGAGGUUCAAGCUGGGGGCGAUGAUUUUCAGCAUUUAAAUUCACAGUCAGAGAGAGGAAAAUCUAGUAAAUUAUCUAGAAGUCGGCAUAACAAAGAUUGGAAAGGAUUGGUGAGGGUAGAAGCUGAACCUCCUCCUAUUCGAAGCUCUGUGGUGGACAAUACUCAUUUGGAGGAAAAUGCCAGACCUAAAGCCAAUCACGGUCCAAGUUCACUGUCUCCUAAGCCUCCAGUUCAGAGGAAAAGGGGCCGAGAUGAACAACAGAGGACAAAGAGGGAUGUCUCACAAGUUAAUAUUGCUGCUCCUCGACGACUGCUUCAAUUUGCUGUGCGAGAUGCAGUGGCUACUUCGAGGACAUCCACUUCAGGAACAUCAGGGGAGCCUUCCUUAAAACGUCUUCGUUCUGUGGUUUCUACAUCCUCUGGUGAUUCAUCCUUAGUUGAACGUUCACAGCGGAUGCAGCCUGCUUCCAGGGUGGCAAAUCCAAUGGCUACAGUGAUCAAGGCCGUGGCUGAAGCUGCCGAAGAUGUAAUAAAAUCCAAAUCCUCUGGAAGUGUAUUUGAUAGACUUGGUCGUGGUAUGGAUAUAUCAGAUGAUAACAGUCAACUUGAAGAUAAUUACCAACAUCAGGAGCCAAACCAAUCAUUCUAUCUUCAAACAGAUGACUACAAUGGGCAGUAUGCUGCAAAUACAACUAUUAUGGAAAAUGAAACUGGUUUUCCUUCUGAUUCUAAUUCAGAUAAUGAAGGGUUUGGUGAUGUUAAUGUCGUGGAUCAUAGGAUGACUGGAGCUUCUCAGAUCAGCUCCUCUGUUGGAAACAGGGGCAAUGAUUCAUUGAUGGUGCAGUAUAGUGUAGCAAAAAAUGUUGAUGAUAUUUUGCGCCAAAAACGGAAUCGUGAACAGGAGCAACCUGCUGCUUCACACAACUCUUCUCAUAAGAUAGUUAAUAUUUCUGUUAAUGUAAAUACUUGGAAGCCACCACCACAUCAGGAACCAAGAGAGAUUGCAGAAUUAGAUGGUAAAAAAGCUUUUGAGAAUGAAAGAGGAGCUCCCAGAUCUAGUUUGCGGCUGGCGAAGGACAAUGCCAACACUUUUAAAGUUAGUAAUGGGAAUGUCAACCCAGCUCCUGAUGUUCAGAAAGUGUCUAGCAAGGCACAAUUGUCUGCUUCUGGUUCAAGUGCUGCUGGACGCCCUUUAGAAGAUGCUGAUUCUAGAACCAUUUUUGUUAGCAAUGUUCAUUUUGCUGCAACCAAAGAUGGCCUGUCUCGGCAUUUCAAUAAAUUUGGGGAAGUGUUGAAAGUGAUUAUAGUUACUGAUGCUGCAACGGGGCAGCCAAAAGGGGCAGCUUAUGUUGAGUUCAUGCGAAAAGAAGCAGCAGAUAAUGCAUUAUCUCUGGAUGGCACUUCUUUUAUGUCACGUAUUCUGAAGGUUGUUAAGAAAAGUGCUGCACAUCAAGAAUCAGCUCCAGCUAUGGCAUGGCCGCGCAUUGUUAGGGGGUCUCCAUUCCCUUCUGCGAGGUUUUCCAGACUUCCCUUUCCAAGAGGUAUCCCUGCUGCAUUUAGACCUCGGCCCCCAAUUAAGCUGGGUGCCAGGAGCUUGCAAUGGAAGCGGGACGCUCCGGGAUCUGACAAUAGUUCAUCUUUGAAUACCGGCAGUGUUACUGCUCCUGCUACUCGUGGUCUUACCUAUGUUAGAACAGAAUCUAAGCCAGAUGGCAGCUUGGCUAGGACAUAGUGUAUUUCUUAAGAUGGUCUUUAGACUAAGGAGGGAUCAGAUUGUUUUCAUGCUUGAUGAGAUAAAAACUGGUAAAAGAAUUAUUAAUGUAAGAAGAUGCCUGGCCUAAAUUUUGGAUUUUUCGUAUGUACAUGGAGGAUAUUUUAAUAUCUAGAUGUUUGUGUCGGUAGUAGAUGACGUUUAAUAAUCUCGAUUUUUCGUCUUCGGUUGAAGCUACGAACGGGAGGACAUUGAUUUCGUUGGAACGAAAGAUGAGAAGAAUGUAAUGGAAAUAUCUGGGAAUUAUCCAUACAUUUGAAGCGAAGCGUAUGGGUAGGGUGGACCCUGGAAUGGGGUUUUUUUAACGGGAUAGUAUAAUUCUGUUUUUGGUUGAAAGUGUUACCUUUGGAAGAUUAUGAACGGGUGGGGUUUGGGGAAGUGAAGUUUCAGUAGACUGCUUUAUUAUUAUUUUUUGGAACCCAUGUGACUGCUUUAUAUACUUCACUGUUAAUAUAGUUAAAUAUUUUAUUCUUUCUGUAAUUUUACAGUUGUUACUUGCGGUUGAUGAUGCUUUGUUAUUCUUUUCUUUUCAGAAUAGUCUUCCAUUCCUUACCGUUUCCCAUAGGAAAUCCAUAGUCAAGCAACCACAAUGGAAAUUUCAUCUUUGUGUUUUUGGGGAAAACAUACUAGGUUCUUCGCCCUGAAUGGUAGUGCACCAGUACCUGACUGCAGUUGCAUAUAAUGCCAUUCAUUUCUUUUAGUGUUAAACAUGUAUCCCUCCAGCCAUAGGAUACGCCUCAUUUAUCUAUGAUCCAACAAUUGGAAUAUUGGAAAAUUUUUAUCGUUUACUAGCAGCAUU